AUGAGAAACUUUAUUCUUCCAGCUGCCGUUUUGGCACUCAUGUCCUCUGCCAAUGCUCAACAGACUGCCUAUGGCCAGUGCGGUGGAGCAAGCUGGACUGGAGCAACUACCUGUGUUAGCGGGUUCUACUGCCAAUACUCCAAUGAGUGGUACAGUCAAUGUGUCGCAGGCACUGCCUCCACCACUGCGGCCGCUGGUACCACAUCAAGCACCGCUGCUGCUGGAACCACGACUACCACCAGGACCACCACUCUCGCCACCUCGACCACCAGCACCACCGCAGCUGCUGCCGGGACUGGCACCGCAAAAGUCGACGAGCUCGUUGGAUACGGUCGUGCCGCAACCGGUGGUGGCUCUGCCGCAGCCACAACCGUCACCAGCUGCUCUGCCCUCGAAUCCGCCGUCGCCGCCUCUGGCGCUAAAGUGAUCAAGGUCUCCGGCCUUCUUAGCGGCUGCGGCAUCAUCGACAUUGAGAGCACAAAGACGAUUUUGGGAGUUGGAAGCAACAGUGGGCUUACUAACGGUGGGUUCAGGAUCAAGGAUGCCGAUAAUGUUAUCAUCAGGAACAUGGUGUUUAAGAUCCCGCCUGCAAGUGGUGACUUGGUGGCCUUGGACGGGGCCACGAAUGUCUGGAUCGAUCAUUGUGAUUUCUCGACGGUGGGAUUGACGGGUGGAAAGGAUGAUUAUGAUGGUUUGUUGGAUAUCACCCACGCAUCAAACUUGGUCACUGUCUCGUGGAACAAGUUCCAUGACCACUGGAAGGGAUCGUUGGUUGGACACUCUGACAGCAAUGCUAGUGAAGACACCGGUUAUCUCAAGGUAACUUACCACCACAACUCCUGGAUCAACAUCAACUCUCGUCUCCCCUCUCUCCGUUUCGGAACCGGCCACAUCUACAGCUCCUACUUCGAGGACUGCCCGACCUCCGGCAUCAACUCCCGCAUGGGCGCCCAAGUCCUCGUCGAGAACAACAACUUCAACAGCGUCCAGCUUGCCAUUGUCACCGACCUUGACUCUGACGAUGAAGGGUAUGCCGUCCAGAGGAACAACGUGUUCACAGAUUCGACCACGAGAAUCACUCAGACUGGGAGCUUGACGCCGCCGUAUACUUACACUAUGGAUGCUGCGGCGAGUGUUCCGGCGAUUGUCGCGGCGUAUGCAGGAACUGGAAUCGUGGGUUAG